GUACCAAAAACAAUAGCUAAAAGACACCUUAAGACCUUCGGCCAGCUAGAGAAGAAGAGGUAAAGAGAGACUGAGACAGAGCAGAAGGAAGAAGAAGGGCCAGACGGAUACGCCACCACCCAACACAAAAGCCCGCCGGAGAAGAUUACAACGACGCCGGAGAAUAAGCUUUGACCGUGCCGCCAUUACAACGCGAGGAGCUGCUGCACUAGGGAUCUAACUGUCAGACCAAUACCACUCCCUCAGACCCGGGGUAUUUGCGUCGUCUUCCAAGGAGGGGAGACCACCGGAGAGAAAUUUCAGCAUCGCCAGAGCGUAAUAACCCCGCCGCCGAGUAGAAAGGGUGAACUCGCCGGACUGGUUGUCCAUACCAGACGAAGCAAGACUACCGGAUACCGGGCUGACGACUGACCACUCCUUGCCGCCGGAGUUCUUAGUUGGAUGCACGACUGCCACGACAGAAGUGGAAAGGAAGCCGGAGAGCUGGCCUGCGUCGCACCAUUGCUGACCGCGUGAGGAAGAAGAGUGAUGAUGGCUAUGUUGAUUGUUGAUUGCAUGCGUCCGAGAGCGGUUGCUAGAUGCCUUAGUAAAACCUAGACAUGAAUGAACAUUUUAGUUACGUUGAACAUUUGUUUCUUCAUAUCACAAUUAAUUAUGACUGUUUUGUUUUAGUUGCCUGUGCAUCCGAUUAAGAGAUGACCGGUUGUGGCGGUAACACCCGUUUCCCUAUUUAAAUUAUUUCCGCUGCAAGAUUUUUAUCAAUUUCGAAUGAAUAAAGCAAGUUUAUUAUCAAUAAAUUAUUAUUUCAAGUAUUAUUUUUGGCCGGGAAAUUGGGGGUGUUACAAAUUGGUAUCAGAGACAGGUUUUCGAAGGGAUUAGGACACGAGGUAAUAGGUCGUAGGGAGAAAUUCUGUCACAAAGACGACAAUAGUCUAAGCUGGUUGGUGCAUAAUUGAGCCUUUGCGCUCGUCCAACUAACUGGGAUUUUCUCCUUGUGCUGAAACUUCGUUGUUCAAAAUCUUUGACGAAAACUAUGGUCUCGAAGCGGGGAUUUUCAAAAUGUGUUCUUAAAAAAAAACUAGGAGAAUGAACAUACUAGGAAAUUGCCCUUUCUAGGAACGCGGUGAGAGGAGGAACCUUUGUGAUACUAUUGAAUUAUGAAAUGCAUGAGAUUCAUGCCUCUGUGAAGUAUGUGGAAUAUGUGAUACACUGUAUGUGCUAUCUGUUAUAAGAAUUUGAAGUUAGUAAAAAAAAAAAAAUUGUAUGAUGUAGAAGCCUUAUGUAUGUCUUAGUACUUAGUAUUGGUUUUCUCUAUUAAGAAUCAUGCCGCCAAGAAGAAACCCCCCUACAACCCCAACCGUUGAGGAGUUGGCCCAAACUAUUCAACAAAUGGCACGACAUAUCGGAGCGGCUCAACCCCAGAACAAUGGGAUUGACUACGCUACAAGGGUAGCCGGGCGUAACCCCCCGAAAUAUCUGGGCGAGGAGGACCAUCUUAUCCUGGAGGACUGGGUUCGUACCUUUGACAAACUCUUUGACUCCCUCACCUGCCCGUGGGAGCAACGAGUAAAUAUUGCGGUGUAUUACCUACACCAAGAAGCUGACCAUUGGUGGGCCGCCAAUGGACCAACACUUCUCGAGCAACCGGGCUUUUGCUGGGAGGACUUCAAAGUAGCACUACGUGACCGCUUCUACCCCGAUCACGUGAAAGAGGCAAAUUAUGAUGAAUUCGUCAAUUUCAAGCAAGGUGACCUGACUGUUCAGGAGUACCACACGAAGUUCGUCCAAUUGGCUCGUUUCGCCAAAGACCUGGUGUCAACAGAGGGCAGUAUGACACACAGAUUUGUUAAUGGGCUUAACUACGGUGCCCAAAAGUUUGUGACUGUAGCAGAGCCACGAAAUCUGAACGAAGCAUAUAGGAAGGCUGGUAAGUACUACAUGGUACACCAGAAGGAGAGGGAGGCGCAUAAGAGGGAUCGGAAGAAUGCUGAGGUGGAUCAGCAACAAAAGAAGGCCAGAACCGACCGCCCUGAACAAAGGCAAAUCAAUCAAGGUGGAGGAAAUUUCCAAAACCAGGGCCAGGGGAGAAACCAGCCAACUCAAAUGCGACAUCAUAGAUGCAAAUUAUGCCCAAACAACCAUCCCGGGAAGGAUUGUGCGGGAAAUGCGGUGAGGUGUCGCAACUGUAACCUCUUGGGGCAUCGGGCAUACGAGUGCAGGAAACCCACGAACCAGGGACAAAACCAGGGAAACAACCAAGCCGAGGGUGGGGUUAAUCACGCCAACAACAACCGUGGUAAUCCUGGAAACCGCCCAGCGGAGGCCAACCGUAAUCAAGGCCAGGGAGGGCAGAACAACACCCAGGGCCGGAUUUACGUCAUGAACCAGGCUCAAGCAAAUGCGCACGAUGUGGUAUCAGUGCAAUAACUAGGUACCAAAUGGCUACCAUAUGGAUCCACAUGCUCAUGUCGGAUGAUCGGAUGAUGCCAAAUAUUCACAGCUAACAUUCAACUUGAACUUUCUAUAGGACUACGUAUGCCAAUGUAUACGCAUAAUAUAUAAUUAUAUAUACCCAAGCUGCGGCCAAUAUAUAUUACCUAUAUAAUAUGUACCAAAAACAAUAGCUAAAAGACACCUUAAGACCUUCGGCCAGCUAGAGAAGAAGAGGUAAAGAGAGACUGAGACAGAGCAGAAGGAAGAAGAAGGGCCAGACGGAUACGCCACCACCCAACACAAAAGCCCGCCGGAGAAGAUUACAACGACGCCGGAGAAUAAGCUUUGACCGUGCCGCCAUUACAACGCGAGGAGCUGCUGCACUAGGGAUCUAACUGUCAGACCAAUACCACUCCCUCAGACCCGGGGUAUUUGCGUCGUCUUCCAAGGAGGGGAGACCACCGGAGAGAAAUUUCAGCAUCGCCAGAGCGUAAUAACCCCGCCGCCGAGUAGAAAGGGUGAACUCGCCGGACUGGUUGUCCAUACCAGACGAAGCAAGACUACCGGAUACCGGGCUGACGACUGACCACUCCUUGCCGCCGGAGUUCUUAGUUGGAUGCACGACUGCCACGACAGAAGUGGAAAGGAAGCCGGAGAGCUGGCCUGCGUCGCACCAUUGCUGACCGCGUGAGGAAGAAGAAAGGUGAUUUUGGUGAAGCUCGAGGUAAGAGAUUCAUUUAGGAUUUAUCACGAUUCAAGGUGAUGAUGGCUAUGUUGAUUGUUGAUUGCAUGCGUCCGAGAGCGGUUGCUAGAUGCCUUAGUAAAACCUAGACAUGAAUGAACAUUUUAGUUACGUUGAACAUUUGUUUCUUCAUAUCACAAUUAAUUAUGACUGUUUUGUUUUAGUUGCCUGUGCAUCCGAUUAAGAGAUGACCGGUUGUGGCGGUAACACCCGUUUCCCUAUUUAAAUUAUUUCCGCUGCAAGAUUUUUAUCAAUUUCGAAUGAAUAAAGCAAGUUUAUUAUCAAUAAAUUAUUAUUUCAAGUAUUAUUUUUGGCCGGGAAAUUGGGGGUGUUACACCAGCAGACACCUCAAUUGACCCAAGUCAGAAAUUGGGAGAUAUCAAGGAGGGAAAUCCAGUUGAUAUUCACCAAUAUCAAAGAUUGGUAGGAAAAUUAAUAUAUCUGGCACACACAAGACCAACUAUUGCAUUUGCAGUAAGCAUGGUGAGUCAGUUUAUGCAUCAUCCUCUCCAAGAACAUCUUGAUGCUACUUACAGGAUUCUAAGAUACCUGAAGAGCUGUCCAGGGAAAGGAUUGUUUUUCAAAAAGGGAAACAAUAGGACAAUUGAAGCUUUUACUGAUGCAGAUUAUGCUGGCUCAAUAUCUGAUAGGAGAUCUACUUCUGGAUACUGCACCUAUGUAUGGGGAAAUCUAGUAACCUGGAGAAGUAAGAAACAAAAUGUGGUUGCUAGAAGUAGUGCAGAAUCAGAAUUCAGAGCUAUGACUAAUGGAAUAUGUGAGUUACUCUGGAUCAAACGAGUAAUCACAGAACUAAAGAUGGAGAUUGAGCUGCCUAUGAAGUUAUAUUGUGAUAAUAAAGCUGCUAUAAGCAUUGCUCAUAACCCUGUGCUACAUGAUAGAACUAAGCAUAUUGAAGUGGAUAGACAUUUCAUUAAGGAGAAGAUUGAAGCUGGAAUCAUUUGCACACCAUUUGUAUCUAUUAAAGAUCAAACAACUGUUUUCUUCACCAAAGGGUUAUUUAGACCUAUAUUUGAGCUACUUAUAAGCAAGUUGGGAAUGUAUGAUAUAUAUUCACCAACUUGAGGGGGAGUGUAGAAAAAUGUUACAUUAUUAGAAAAAUGUUACAUUAUUUUUCCUGAUUAGAUUGAUGUACAUAAGUGAGUCAGAUAGACUUAGUUAAUUGUAGAUAAGCUCAUAGUUAUCUAGAUCCUAAUUUUUAGGAUCUGUACAAGCUUGUAGUUAUCUGUACAAACUGUAUUUAUACUCUGGCCGAAUGGCUCAUUCAAUCAAGGAAGUUUUAUUCCUAAAA